AUGAACAGAUUCGUAUUUUUCUAUGCAUUAUAUUGCUUUGCUCUGACAGAUACUCAGUCAUCUACUGGAAGUGAAUGCCAGCGUGAUAAUGGCUCCUCUGCUCCAUCUGUGGAACUGUGUGUUUUCAACAACCAGUGUGGAGACAGCAGUGAUGAGAAACCAGGUUCCUCCUAUAAGUGUGACUUUGAAACUGAUCUAUGCAAAGCUCUUCCUGAAUUGAACUUACAGCCUGGAUGGAUAAGAAGAAAUGGCCUCUCUAGCAUGGGACCACCAUACUCUGACCACAAUGGGAAUGACAGCGCUUAUUUCCUCUCGCUGUCCUCUGAAACGCGAUCCUCUUCUGCAACUUUAAGGACCAAUGUUUUCCUUCCAACUAAUGAAGAACAUUUGUGCCAGAUUACAUUUCAUUAUUGGAUCAGUGAAAUGAAUGGAACAUUGAUGGUGGGGCUUCGAAAGCACUCUGAAGAUACUAUUACAAGUAUCUGGCAAGUUUCAGGAGAACUGCAAAAUCAGUGGAAAGCAAAUACCAUCAUAAUCAGUAGCACUGAAAAGUAUGAGGUUUUCUUUUGGGGGAUGGUGGAGGCCAAGGAACAAGAUGAAACUGUUGCCAUUGAUGAUAUCGCUUUCAGUGAAGGCUGUUCUCUGGAGUGUGCACUGCAGACUUCCAGUUUUGAGCUCAGCUUAUGUGACUGGUAUUCAGAUCAGCUGGCUGAGCCUGCUAUGUGGGCACGACUGCAAGCCGGGCACAAGAUUGCCUCCUGUUCCUUCCUGAAAGAUUGGAGCAACAAUAGUGAAGGACAUUUUGAGUGGUUGGAAGCCAAUGACAAGACACUAUAUAAAAGCACUUAUCUUAACAGCUCCAUGUGUCAUUGCUUCAGCAAGAAUUGCCAUUUUCAGUUUCAUUACUCCAUGGCAGAUAACAGUGUUCUCAAGGCAGUACUGUUUAGUAAUCAGGAAGAACAUGUCUUGUGGGAAACCAACAUCAUGAUUAAGAAGGAAUGGGUCAAAGUGGAUAUACAUCUACCAAAAGGGCUAGAAAACUUAACGCUUAUAUUUAAAGGAACAUUCCAGAGCAGAGCAGGUUUCAUCUGUCUGCAUAGUAUCCAGCUCUUGGACACUACACCGUCUGAGCCACCAGGUUUCUGCUCCUUAAAAGAAUUCACCUGCACUGAUGGGCAGUUCACGGAGCUUGGAUCAGCCUGUGACUCUCACCCCGAUUGUUCUGAUGGCAGUGAUGAGGAUCCAGCAGCUUGCUCUAAUUACACUAUAUGUGAUUUUGAGACUGACUUCUGUGGAUGGAAGCCACUAAGCAUAGGUGAUGCAGAUUGGAACAUAAUGAAAGAACAGGCUGCCCUUGACAGGAAACUUCCUGGCAGAGACUGUACAACUAAUACUGGAUGUGGAGCAUUCAUUUACUUCAGUGGAUCAUAUCAGAUGAACACAAAGAUGGCCAUGUCUCAUCUGGGGAGCCCUUUCCUUGCCAAGCGGUCCCCUGGGCUUUCCUGUUGUCAGGUAAGAUUUUGGUACUGGUUAUCUCAGGAUUCCCAGCUUUCUGUCUUUAAGAAAACUGCAACGGAUGGAAGUUUGGAAAAAUUGCAUGACAUUUCAGGAUUGCCUGAGAUGCAGUGGACAAAAGUGAAUAUACCUGUAGAAGGUACAGCCGAGGACUUACCUUUUCAGAUUAUUUUACGAGCUACUAUUCUAACAACAAAUGCUACUGUUGCUGUUGAUGACAUCAGUAUAACAGAGGAAUGUGGAGUUGUGAAUAAAUCACUUCCAGGUGCCAGCCAAGAAAGGGAAGCUGCUGUAUGUGACUUUGAAAGAGACAGCUGUGGCUGGGUUGAAACUGCAAAUGCAGAUGGCUUUGACUGGGUAAGAAGUUCCAGUAGCGCUCUUGCACCUGCUUUUCAGAACCAAGCUCCCCUUCGGGAUCACACGUGUGACAAGCCUGAAGGUCAUUUCAUGUUCAUUCUGAAAAACAGCAGCAGCAUUUCACAAAUAGCUCAGCUACGAAGCCCAAAGUUCAGACAAACUGGAUCAAAUUGCACGUUGUCCUUUUGGUAUUACAAUUACGGACAGUCAGUUGGGGCUGCAGAGAUGCAAUUGCUUGUGGAUAGGCUGAAACAGCCUACUGUUCUUUGGAGGGCAUAUUACAAUGAGGGAGAUCAAUGGUUGAAGGCAGUCAUUCAGCUUGGACGUCUUCCACAUCCUUUCCAAUUCUCACUUGAUAAAAUCAGCCUGGGUUUUUAUGAUGGUGUCUCAGCAAUUGAUGAUAUUACAUUUGAAAACUGUGCUCUUCCACCUCCAGCAUUAAUUUGUGAAGGUCCUAAUCGUUUCUGGUGCAGAGACACAAAAGCAUGUAUUGACAGUUUAUUGGUCUGUGAUCUUGUGGAUAACUGUGGGGAUGGAUCAGAUGAAGACAACUGUAACCCUGACCUACAGUGCAACUUUGAAAAUGGGCUGUGCAACUGGGAGCAGGAUGUUGAGGAUGACUUCGACUGGAUCAGAAUACAGGGUCCAACCCCCACAGUUAAUACAGGCCCAUUAAAGGAUCACACAACAGGCACAGUAUUGGGACACUAUCUCUACAUGGAGUCCUCUGCUCCAUCCCAAUUCAAAGAUAAAGCAGUUUUGCUUAGUCCUCUCUUCAACCCUUCUGGGAAUGGAACCUGCAUUUUUCGCUUUCAUUAUCAUAUGUUUGGAAAGCAAGUUUACAAGCUGUCAGUCUUCCAGAGAACUGUGAGUAAUACUGGUGGAUGGCUGUUGUGGUACAAGUUUGGAAAUCAAGAAAACAGAUGGAUCAAACAGACACUCUACAUCAGCAGCUCUAAGCCAUUUCAG